CACAUACUGAAAGAAUAGUAGUAUCAUGAAGACCUUCCAUUUCUUUCUCCUCCCCCCACUUCUUUUUUUUUAUUUUACGUUUUAUUUUGUCAAUAAGAAAAUAAUAAAAAAAAAAUAACUUAUGUUUUCUACUGUUGGUAAACGUUCCUUUCAAAUAGUUCGCUGUAUUUCAAAGUAUAAUAAUAUACGUCAAGCUUCAACAAAGACAUCAGGUCAUACAGCAUAUGAGGAAGCACUUAAAUUGAUUGCAUUAGAUAAAAAGGAAAGAUUAAACAUGUUAGAACGUCUGGAGAAGGAAAUCACUCGAGCUGCUAAAACUGCUACUCCAGCGCAAUUAAAAGCGCUUGAUGCAUUAAAGUUUGAUUUACAAGUAAAAUCUGAAUUAAAUGAACCUGAAGUACAGAAAAAAUUCAAACUUGGAGACAUUGACAUGUUAAAACCUGUAUAUCGUUAUAUGCGUCAGAGAGAAUUUGAAAAGGUAUCAAAAAGUAAAUUAUUGGAGCGUUUAUCACAGAUGAAUGUCAUUCCCGAUCUUUUACCAACUGGUUUGAAUCCUACCAUUGAUGUUGCUGUCAAAUUACUACCUGACGGUCAACAAGUUGAACCUGGAGUAUUUUUAAAGCCAGAGCAGAGUGUUCAAUGUCCAGAAAUUGAAAUUACAAACUUUCAUGUCGAACAACGAUUAUAUACAUUAAUGUUGGUAGAUCCAGAUUCACCUGAUGUUGAAAAUAAAACAUAUCAACAAUAUUGUCAUUGGUUAUUAUCCAAUGUGCCUUUAUCAACUACGUCAACUAUUAUAAAAGGAGGUGAUUCAAUUUUGGAUUAUAUUCCACCUCAUCCUCAAAAAGGUACAAAAUAUCAUCGUUAUACUCUAAUUGUUUGCGAACAGCCAAAUGAAGGCCAAGAGAAGGUAGAUAUAAAGGUCAACAGUCGAGAUCAUUUUGAUGUAAAAGGUUUGGUGCAGUCUUAUGCUUUAAAGACCACAGGAGCUACUUUCUUCCGUCAAGUAUGGGAUGAACAAGUUUCCAAAAUCUAUAAUGAAAUUCUUAAGCAAAAUGAACCUAUUUAUGGCAAACCACCUAAAGUAGAGCGCUAUAUUCAAAGAACUGUGUAUUAUUAGAAAUAAAAUUUUAUUAUAUAUAGUAGACUUUAUAAUACACGCCACCCCUUGUCAAAAAAAAA